AUGUGGUCCUGGGAUGCCGAUCAUGAACUUGCCCUGAAGGAGCUGCAGCCCAUGCCAACGCCAAAUGGCGAGGAUGGCGUAGGGUCGACCGGGACACAGGACAAUGGCAGGGCUGGCCGAGAAAUAAAUGAGGAUGGUGAUGACCCCAUUAGUGUCUACAAGCAACAUGUUCUGUCGCAAAAAGAAAAUGGCAAGCAUCCAACUCCAAUAAGAAUUCUGGAGGACAUCCACCAAAAGCCAGCAUCUGUGCCAGUGGCUCCAGUCUUGUCUUUACAGACCAACCCCCUUGGCACACCAACCUGGCCAGUCUCAGAGAAUUCAGUGUUGGAGGAAAGGGAUCCCCUGCCACUGCAACAGCAACAGCAACAGCAACAGCAACAGCACAACUUAGUGGCUGGACUUGCCUUGAAGGCUUCAAGUUCAUCCCCCGAUUUUAUGUAUACCCCUGAUCUUCAACCCAUGCCAAUGCCAAAUGGUGAGGAGGGUGUAGGGUCGAACGGGAUGGAUGUCAAAAGAAGUGAUGGCGGAGAAAGGAAUGAGGGUGUUCAUCACCCCAUCAGUGGCUACAGGCAGCAUGUUCUGACACAAAAUGAACUCCAUCCUAAAGACCAAGAUCAGGACCAGGUGUGUGAGACUCCACACAAUCUUCAGAUGAGGGCGUCCGGCGUGUCAUUGGCUUCCACUGACAUGUCUAUUAAUAGUAGACUGUCCACAACAACCCACCAAAGCAACCCAUUGGACACCUGGCAAAUAGUAGAACCUACAGCACUGCCACCUGUGGAACCCCUACCUGUGCAACGACCACACACACUCGUGGGAGCAUUCAGCCAAGAUGGAUCACACAGGAACAAAGUUUCCUUUCAAUUAGUUGGUAGAGUCAACUCUACCAACAGGAGUGCCCAAAACAAUCAAGAGGUUGCAUGUAGGACCACUGCAUGUAGUAGCAUUGAAAUCAACAAUGCUGACUCAGACACGGCUCUUGCCAGAACGUCAGACCAAACUCACUUCGACAACAAUAACGAGCAGCCACAAGAUUUCAAUCGCUCAAACAAUUCCAAGGUCAAGAAGACAUAUACAAUCGUUGCUGUUGUCUGUGUGAUGGUGGUUAUUUUGAUAGUGGUGAUCUUUGUAGUUGUUCUGAUACAACCCAGUGACAAAGAAGAGGGCACGACAAACGAACUAGGCAUCCCCGCACUCAAUAACAAUUUGGAUGCUUCCACGCUUCGAAUGAUUCGACACCAACCCACGUCCACACAAGCAGAGGCAUAUCGCUGGAUCGGCCAGGACCCAAACUUGCGGCAAAUUCCUCCAUGGCAGCUCGCACAGAGGUUUGCAUUGGCCACAAUUUACUUUUCUACGAAUGGUCCAAGUUGGGAUCAACCUCAUUCCUGGCUUUCUUACGACACAACCGAAUGCAAAUGGGAACCGCCAGUGCCAAGACAAUUACCAGGACCAAAUAAUCAAACCGCCACAAUAACCAGCAGCACUCCAUCUCCAAUAAUAAUGGAAGAUCCUUGUUGUGACACGGAUGGUGUAUGGGAGACGCUUCGGUUGGAUGGGAUUGAAAAUUUCGGUGGCUCUUUGCCACCGGAGAUUGAUCUUUUGACGGGGUUAAAAGCAAUACAUGUCACCAAUAUCCCUUCUCAGCAAUCUCUUCCAGAUUUUCUACCAGAGCAGCUGGCAACUUUGACCAAUCUGGCAGUAUUGGAUUUCACAGGGUCCAAUAUGACAAAUUCCUUCCUUCCAACCAUACUGGGUGCACUUUCCCUUCUCCAGUCCAUCGAUUUUUCCAAUUCUGGCUUGGCCGGAACACUGCCGGCAGAGAUUGGGAAUUUGGAGAAUCUGGUCGAGCUGGAUCUAUCCAACAACCAACUAGGCUGGGCACUUCCAGCCGAGUGGGCGGAAUUGUCCAAUCUGCAGCUCCUUUUUCUCCAACACAAUCGACUCUUUGGUGCAUUACCAAACGAAUGGGGAGACAUGAGCUCUAUGCAGAAACUGGACCUGAGUGACAAUCGACUGACCGGUACCAUUCCGGUCGAGUGGGGGGAAGGAUUGAAAGGAAUCAGUGAUCUCGAAUUGCACAGGAACAAUAUUACGGGCAACUUGCCACUUCAGUUGUGCUUGGCAGGGCACAAACGAGUUUGUUUGGACUGCGAAAAGGUGGACGGUUCGUCCUGUUAUUAUUUUGCCGAUUGCGAGUGUUCCUAA